AUGGAUCACAGUGAACGAAGGUUUGGAGAGCGCAAUUGGUCGUCGCAGCAGGAAGAAGAACAAUACUUUCAGAAUUUCAUGAGGCAAAAUGAUCCCAAUAGACAAGAUGAACCUCCCAUGAUGUCACCGCAAAGCUCUCGUAUGAGAAAUACGCGGGCUUCCGAAACAGUGUCCAGAACGGAUGUGAGCAGUCCCUUUAAUGUCAGCGCCGGUCGACGGCGAAAUACUUAUGAUCCCUCUGUUAUGCGAAUGCCUUCAUCGACGAUGUCAAUUCCCACGCGACGGAGUCCUUCAGCGGGUCCCAAAGCACCGCCAAUAGCAGGACUUGACGAUGAUCUGGACAAUCUAUCAUUGUCAGAUGAAUUAUCAUCUGCUUCUGAAGAAGAGUCUACAGAUCAGAAACCAGCUGCAAUUCAAAUGCAACAAGUACCAAUAGGCAUUGAUAUUCCGUCAAUUGGUGGUCCAUAUGCCAGUAUGGUUCGAGAUGAUCAUCAGGAUUCCACAAUUGGAGGGUCUGCGACUUCCUUUCCCCGAAACGAGGAUCGAUGGGCUUCAGGAGGUGCGCCGACGAGGUUGAACACUGCAGCCGCGGUUAUUCCCGGAGCAUUACCACUUCAGAUUGCUGUACCACCACGACGACCCAAUUAUCCUCCAUUGGAACCAUCCGUGCCAGAAUCCAGAUUAGGACGGAGGUGUUUAAUACACAAACCGAAGCGAGAAGCCGAUUUGGUCAAGGGACUGGUAAACUCUGGAGCGACAGGGUCAAUACGAUCGCGAGAUACCGUUGUGAAAAAGUGUGCCAACUGCUUUGCCGAACUAUCAGUGUCGCACAAUGCGAUUGCGAUCAGUUGUCCGUGUUGUUACAAAAUCUCCCCAGCCGCAAAAUGCAAUACAGUCAAGGUUGUGGAUCAUGCUACAGCAGGUCAUUGA